CCUAGUCAAAGUUCUGCAUAAAAAGGCCUUAAGCUGCUACGGAAUCUCAUUCCAAGAAAAUGGCAGAAGUCAAGCUCUUCAGAACAUGGUCUAGCCCUGCUGCUUUGAGAAUAGUCUGGGCACUGAAGCUCAAAGAUAUCCAAUAUGAUACCAUCUUUGAAGAUCUCUCAAACAAAAGCCCUUUGCUUCUUCAAUACAACCCUGUUCAUAAGAAGGUUCCAGUGCUUGUGCACAAUGGAAAAUCAGUUGCUGAAUCACUUGUGAUCCUUGAAUACAUUGAAGAAACAUGGAAACAGAACCCUUUGCUAUCCGAAGAUCCUCACGAAAGAGCUGCUGCACGCAUUUGGGCAAAAUUUAAUGAUGAAAAGGUUUUGCCAUCUUAUUGGGAAGCCUUUAAUAGUGAAGGGAAAGAGCAAGAGGAAGGUAUUGUGAAGGCCAAGGAGAACUUGAAGUACUUGGAAGAGGAGCUAAAGGGGAAGAAAUUCUUUGGGGGAGAGAAUAUUGGAUUUGCAGAUAUUGCACUUGGAUGGCUUGCAGAAAUUGAGAAUGUGUUUGGAGAGGUAGCUAGCAUGAAAGUGAUAGCAGAAGAUGAGUUUCCAUUGUUAUCAGAAUGGAAAAGGACUUUUGCAGAUGCUCCUAUAAUCAAAGAGAAUUGGCCUCCCAGAGACAAACUUGUCACCAAAUAUCAGGCUUUUCGAGAGGCCAACCUCUUGAACAAGGCACCGAAAUGAAAUGGUUUGUGAGACCAGAGAUAAAUAGUAUGAACUAAAUAAAAGGUUCUUACCAACUACUUUUCAAUUAUCAAACACGAAACAGAGAAUGUUCUGUCAAUGAUUAAUGUCCUAGAACUCAUUUGCUAGCCAAACUAGUAGGUACUUAGAGAUUAGGAACCAGAUGCAAAUUCAGAAGAAGUAUCCUGAAACAUGAUAAGUAAUCAAAUACAUUUGCAUGAAACAAGGUUGCAUAUAUAUGACACAGUAAGCUAAAUGAUACCAUGAAUAAUCAGUCAUAUAUAU